AUGAUUGGAAUUGAAGAUACUCAAUUAGAAAUGAAUAGAGAACCCCAAGGACAGACAGUACCCCCACAACAGCAACAGUCUUAUAUCAAUAAUCCAGCUUCGCGUGACAAGCUAAAGAAAAGAAAGAAUGUAGAAAAAGACACUGCCAGCAGCAGUCCACUAGCAAAACUGCGUUCCGCCACUUUGCAACGUACUGCCACUUCAAAGUUGCAGUUUGUUGUCGAUCUCGGAUCGUCUCUCACCAAAUCACCUAGCAAAUCCACUACCAACGCUCUCUCUCUACACUCGAGUGUCGCUUCACACAAUGGAACAGGAGCAUUGUCUUCGCCAUCUUUUCUUAGCAACAGUGUCCAAUCACCAAACAAGAAAACUAAGCAUCACAAUUCAAACCAAUCAAAGAACAAUACUCUCCACCGUAAGAGUGUUAGGAUUUCACAGCAAUUAAAGCUCGACGAAGUCACCAAGAUUUACGCUCCACUCUCUGGCUCUGAAUAUCUGUCGUCGUCACGCGAGUGCCCACUCUCACCAUCGAUUCUUCGUCAACAAAUCAAUAGCAACAACAAAGACAAAUCAGAAAACAACAAAGAGAAUAGUUUUUACAAGGACAAGACAACUACAACCACCACUACCACCAGUAACAGCAACAACAAUUUAUGUAAUAUAACACCAUCCACACCCGAUCAUAGCAAUAGUCACAACAACCAAUCUACAUCGAUUUCACCAUUGAUGUCAGCAGCUUGCAUUUCCUCACCAAAGUCACCCAUUAAUUUAGGAGAUAACAAGGAAAACAAUGUCAACUCUCUCAACUCACCACCAACCUCACCAACCGCUGCCGCCAAACAACCACCUAUCCAUCUCAAUCUCCAGUCACACUCUAUCAAAGCGAAAAAGUCGCAAUCAACAUCGAACUUUAACACCAACCAAUUGGAGCUUGAAUUGAUAAAGAAGCAAGUGAUUGAGAACUGUGAGGUGAUCCUCUGUAAAAUUAGUGAGUACCAACGCAUUGUCUUAUCGCUUCCUGAUCUAUUCAUGUUGUCACAGGAUAUCCUAUCGACUGAGUAUGAAUAUCUUAUCAAGGACACCAACACUAUCUCCAAGAUCUUGUCGCCACUUGACUCUACCACAGGUUCAGACACUAACACUGAAGUGAUUUGCUCGCCACAACUAUCAAAUCGUUCACCUCAUCUAUUGUCCACCAGUCAACAAUCCAUGUAUUUGAACAGCGACAAUGUUUCCGAUCACAGUAGCAAUAGUAACGGUGGUUUAACAGAGAUGGACAAGAUCGCUCAAUCUAUAUCGCUCAUUGCCAAGAAAUUAUUGGCAAUCCAAAUCGAAAUGAAAAAGACCAACUUGACUGAGAAGAAGGCAUGCACACUCUCAUUAUUUGUGUCGGCAGUCAAACACUAUUUGGAAACUGGUGAUAUCACAGAUGACAUUCCAAAGAUACCAACCGAAGUAUCGCACUCACUCAUCCAAAGCACUGAACUAACUACCAAGGAAUACUCACCCGAGGAGAGCAGUGACUACAUCUAUAAAUCAGGUCCACUCAUCAAAAAAGGUAGCAAAGGUCCAUUGGUCAUUUGGAAAGAACAGUAUUUUGUAUUAUCAGUAGAACGCUUAUCAAUAUAUGCAAGUGAACGUAAAUCAGCUACAUUGAAACCAAAGAAAGAUAUAUUAUUGAGUAAUAUUGUUUCGAUUUGCCCAGUCACCAAAUAUGAAUAUAAACAUUGCUUUAUGUUAAAGAUGAGAAAUCCAGAUUCCAAGUUGGUGGUACGUGCCAAGAAUGACAAGGAUGCCGCCAUGUGGAUGUUGGCUAUUGACGGCUUGCCUCGUAAGAAUUUCGAUACCAAUCAAUCGUGCAUCAAUCUAUAUAUCAAGGAGACUCUCCUCGAAUCUAUCUGCUCCAAUGUUGUUAACUACCGACGCUCUGUGGCUGGUGGUGUAGUUCGUUCCAGUCACGGAGAGGAGUGGACAUACCGCGCUGACGGAACUCUCUACAACUCUGAGCAUCUCGAUGCCAAUGUCAAGGCAAAGGAUCUCAAGUAUAUUUGGAAUGGACAGCUGCUAGUACCAGCCAAGGACACCGUUAAGAACCUGGGAAGUGGUAAAUGGAAUGGUGUGUGGCUCGCUUGGUACUACAAUAACAUGCCAUUCCUCAAGUAUAUGUGGCAACACGAAUCCAACGAAUACCUAAAUCAAAAUCCUAAACUCUCGUACAAAUGGGCAUCUAGAGGAUUAGUCUCAAAGAUUGGUGUUGGUGAAUGGCUCAUCGAAGGAAAUGUACCCGAAACCGUUGUUAUGUUUAUACAGUGUCUCAGAUAUUGCAGAUUAGGAAAAGAUUUUUAA